UUUUUUUUUGGUUGUUGUUGGGAGGGGAGAUUAAAAAAAAAAAGAAAAUGAAGGGUUAAAAAUGUUGAUACGUGUGUAUAACACCCUUUCUCCUUUCUCUACAGCAUUGUCUAAUUUUACAGUUAAACGUGGGGGAAAACAAAAUUGGCUUUUCCCAGAGAAAUAGUAACCUUGCCGAAAACACCUGCUUCCCGGGGACAGAGGUAAACGUAUUUUUCUUUAUGUUCUGGUGUUUUUUAUUAUUAUUAUUUUUAAAAGCCACAUUUUAUUAGUCCUGGGACCAAUCCAGAUUGAACUGCGGAGAAUAUGUCCACAUCCACCCUCCUUCAGUGUUAGGUGGUCUUUGUUCUUUCCAUAUUUCAGAACUCAGUCAGAAUCCAUGCUUGCCAUUCUUUUCUUUGGCAGUUACUAUAAUAAUUUAAUACAGCUAUGCCGUAAAGGGAGAGAAGGGAUUCGGCAGCAUUUCUUUUGUGAGGUUUUUCUUGAGUUGUCCAGCUACGGGGGCAGCAGAACCGUGUGAGUUUCCCGCAGCUCUCGCUACCUUUGCAUUUGGGCACUUUGAAAGUAGAAUGCCACUGUAUAGACAUUCUUUCUGCUAGAACUCUGGCAUGUUGGCUAGUUCCAGGUUUUGCUUUAGAAUGAUUAUUUGUUGCUGGGGAAAGAACCCAGGACACAUUGGGGUAUGCCAGCCAAGUACUCUACCUGAACUACACCCCUGCCACUUAAUACUGAGUAUCAGUUUGACACAGCCUAGGAUCACCUGAAAACAGUCUCAAUCUAAUAGGUUGGUCUGUGGAUAUGUCUGUGAGGGAUUGUCUUAAUUCACACAGGAGGGCCCAGCACAUUGUGGGCAGCUCUAUCCCUAGGCAGAUAAGAGAGCCAACUAAUAAGUUUGAGGUCAACUUGGUCUACAAGAGCUAGUUCCAGGGCAGGCUCCAAAGCUACCCAGAAACCCUCUCUUGAAAAACCAGAGGUGGGUGGGGGGAGGGAGAAGGGAGGAAAAGGAAGGGGAGGAGAGGAGAGGAGGAAGAGGAAGAGGAAGAGAAAGAGAGAAAGAGUGCCUGAGCCAGCUAAGCCUGUUAUGGGCCAGUGCACAGCCAGCCAGCCAUGGUGGAUUCUUGAUGGAGCCUGCUGUGCUUUGUUGGAUGUCUCUGAGUUCCGUGGUAGAAGGCAGUGUUGUGUGGAAUGACAAGCAGUCUUGCCUUGAGUUCCUGCCCUGACUUACCUCAGUGAUAGGUUGUGACCUGGAAGUGUUUUAUCAUACUGACAGACAUGCCCAUCCCCAGAAGAUACAUUUCUUCAGGCUUCUUUUCUCCUCUACUACUUCCUUAAUUUAUGUGUUUCUUGGUUUACCUACUACUUUGUAUCAGUUGACUUAAUUACCGAUGUGUCCUUAUAACUGCAGACUUCUCUUUUUGUUGGCGCUGGAAUCGCUCACACUGCAGGUGCUUUCCCUGGCCUCAGCUCUGCCCUGUGCAUGUGUGACAGGCUAUCUGGCUGCUGUGGGACAAUGGAUGUGAUGGAGCUGCUUGAAGAAGAUCUCACGUGCCCUAUUUGCUGCAGUUUGUUUGAUGAUCCCCGAGUUUUGCCCUGCUCACACAACUUCUGCAAGAAAUGUUUAGAAGGGCUUCUCGAGGGGAACGUGCGGAAUUCACUGUGGAGACCAUCUCCGUUCAAGUGUCCUACCUGCCGGAAGGAGACGUCAGCAGCUGGGGUCAACAGUCUGCAGGUUAAUUACUCCCUCAAGGGGAUUGUGGAGAAAUACAACAAAAUCAAGAUUUCUCCCAAAAUGCCAGUGUGCAAAGGACACUUGGGACAGCCUCUCAACAUUUUCUGUGUGACUGAUAUGCAGCUCAUUUGUGGGAUCUGUGCUACCUGUGGCGACCACACUAAGCAUGUCUUCUCUUCUAUUGAAGAUGCCUAUGCUCAAGAAAGGAAUGCCUUUGAGUCCCUCUUUCAGAGUUUUGAGACUUGGCGCCGGGGAGAUGCUCUUUCCCGCUUGGAUACUUUGGAAACAAACAAAAGGAAAACCUUACAGUUACUCACUAAAGAUUCUGAUAAAGUAAAGGAGUUUUUUGAGAAGUUACAACACACAUUGGAUCAAAAGAAGAAUGAAAUCCUGUCUGACUUUGAGACUAUGAAGCUUGCAGUUAUGCAAGCCUAUGAUCCAGAGAUCAACAAACUCAGCACUAUUUUGCAGGAGCAGCGGAUGGCCUUUAACAUCGCUGAGGCUUUCAAGGAUGUGUCAGAACCUAUUAUAUUUUUGCAACAGAUGCAGGAGUUCAGGGAGAAAAUCAAAGUAAUCAAGGAAACGCCUUUGCCACCCUCCAAUUUGCCCACAAGCCCUUUAAUGAAGAACUUUGAUACCAGCCAGUGGGAGAACAUUAAACUAGUCGAUGUGGAUAAGCUUUCUUUGCCUCAAGACACCGGCGUGUUCGUUAGCAAGAUUCCCUGGCGCUCCUACCAGCUGUUCAUGGUGGUGGUUCUGCUGGGUCUCCUCGUAUUCUUUGGUCCUACCGUAUUCCUGGAGUGGUCUCCAUUCGAUGAGUUAGCGGCUUGCAAAGACUACCUUUCAAGUGUCAGCUCUUACCUGACUAAGUCAGCUGACUUUGUACAACAGUCUGUUUUUUUCUGGGAGCAGAUGACGGAUGGGUUUUUCAUUUUUAGUGAGAGAGUCAGAAGUUUUGGUGUGGUGGCACUGAACACCGUGGCAGAAUUUGUGUGCAGGUAUAAACUGCUGUAAAUCAGCCA